AUGGGUAGAGUCCACGAGUUCCCAUCCACCGACUCAAUCGGUCUAUGGGAUAAUGACGAGCUACCGGAUAGCUCAUCUUUAUCUACAGACGUCGGCAGUGUCAAUGCAACCUGCACUCCUCUUGAACCCCUUCAUGCAGAUGCAACAUUACUCCCUGCUCGUUCCUUUGGUCUUACCGGUUCAUUAUCACUACAUGAUUAUCGCAAGCAUCUCGCACAGGCUGCAGAGUGCAUUGACGAUCCUGUAGAUCGUUCAGAAAGGACUCUCAAGCGAAAAACGGCAACAAGCAAUUUAAACCGUCCGCCAGCACUGUCAAAUAUUCCUUCUUACGCUGUAUCAAUAUCUUCAUCUGCGGCAUCAAGUCCGCCACCAUUGUCGCCAUCCUACUCGCAAAGUAUUAUCUCCCAACGAAGCGAGCUAGACGACGUCCCAGAACAAACACUCGCUCAGACACAGCAGGUGCAGGUGCAGCAGGUGCAAUCCGAUGCACUUCCUGCCCAGGGGCCACGAGUUAAUCUUGUCUCAGCAAACCUGACCCGUCCGAGACCUAACAGGAAACGAUUGAACACCUUUCGUGAGAAGCUAGAGGCCCGCGGACAGGCUCAUCACUCGCCUCUGUCUCGCCCCCAGGAAUCCGACAUGUUAGCCACCACCCAAGCGGCAGCCGCCACCAUCUCCCACGGCGGAGCCUCCUUUGAGAUCUUGAAUCCACGAAAGUCUCUUGAUCUCGCACGCAUUGUCUCCUUUAUCGAGGAUGUAGACACAUGCUCAUGGCUCCCAGCGGAUCAAAUCCGUGAUUCGCACAUUGCUAGCACAUUCUCUAUAGACCAGGGACUAGACCGUGCCUCUCUCUCCCAGUUCACAGAUGCAUCUCUCCCAUCCCACUACUCUUCUCAAUCCCUCUACACAUCCCUCUCAGCGGCAUACUCUACACCAAAGAGUCAAUCAGCUGAUAUUCCCUCCUCGUCACCUGGAGUGCACGACCGAGUCCGCUCAUUAUCAGACUACUCGCGGGACGAAUACGAUCUCUGGAGAUCCGGCUACCAAAAUGAAUACAUCGAUAAAUCAAUGCACCCCGAUCUCGUAGGAGAGUCCCCAAAACCACGAAUGUUCUCAAUCUCCGAGCGCCUAGAAGACGAACUUGAUGUUCCAGUCUCAGAGCCCGGCUCUGCUCGUCCGGCAUCUUCUUCCCAACCAACCUUCUACUCUGAGAGUGAAAUAGGCGAGCCAGGCUCUCCAGUCUACGCCAACGGAGAAUGGUCGCAGGUCGACGAACGAGACCGCGGGAUCUUUUACGAACUACCCUCUCCCUCAGCCUACGACACCGAACUCACCCAUGAGAACGAAAAUGACAAUGAAAACGAACACUCACACACAUUUCCAUACGAUACUUACCUCUCAAACACCAUGUCCCGCACCUACCAAUUCUACGACCAUGACCAAGAUCCAUAUGACCACAUGUACUAUGAUCCCCAUGUACAAUCCGUCCUGGCCGCGGCCAACGCCGAGAACAUGGGACUCCGCUCGCAGUCUAACCAUGCGCUGGACGGCUUGCAGCGCAGAUUCCAAAGCUCCCUCUCCCUAUCUGGAGAGGCAGGAAAGAGCAAAGGAGAAAGUGGAAAACAGUCAUUUUCUCAACGCAGGAAAUUGCGCAGGUUCUUUAGCUGGAGGUCUGGGAACUAA